ACAUCAACCAUGAACGACAAACGACCGCUCAAUCCCGUCAUCUUGGACGGGCCCAAGCCCAAAUCGUGCCUCGGACGAUGGAAGUACCUAUGCAUCGGCGUCACCGUCCUCGCCGCGUGGCAUUUCCUUGUCCCUCACGUGAGGUGCCCGCAUCACCACCAUUCGCGUCUCACGUAUCCUGGCGAGAGCAUCACCUGGGAACCGUGUGGAAGCAUCAAGGAUCGCUCUUUGGAGUGUAGCAGCAUUGAUGUCCCGAUUGAUCAGUUCAACAAGGAUGCUAGCGACAAGACAUUCACCAUCCCCAUCAUUCGUCUGCGCGGAAAGGAGGGGAGCCAGAACAUCCUGCUGAACCCCGGAGGUCCCGGCGGCAGCGGCUUCGAGUUUAUCCAUCGACGAGGCGAGCAACUCAGCACCAUCAUCGGCGAUGAUCUUCACCUUUUGACUUUUGAUCCUCGAGGCGUCAACUCGUCCAAGCCUCACGCUUCGUGCUAUCCCACCAAGGAGGCCCGCAGGCAGCUGAGCUCUGUAAACACCGCAGACCUCACCCAGAAUGGCCCCGAAAUGUACGCCUGGACUCACAACUUUGUCAGGGCGUGCGAUGACACGAUGGGCGAGUACGGCAAGUACAUCAACACGCCACAGACUGCUGCCGACAUGAACAGCAUUCUGGACGCUGUUGGUCAGAAGGACAUGUACUAUUGGGGCUUCAGCUACGGCACGCUGCUCGGCCAGACCUAUGCCACCCUCUUCCCGGAACGUUCCCACCGAGUCAUCAUUGAUGGCGUUGUUAACCAGUUCAACUGGUAUGGAGAACGCAUCGACAUGGAAGACAUGGUCGAUACCGAGAACGUUCUUGAUGGUCUGCUCAAAGAAUGCAUCAAGUCUGGUGAUGAGUGCGCCAUGUCAUCUCUCGCAGACUCUUGGGAAGGGCUCAAGACAAAGUUCCUCACUUUCAUGAGCGAGCUCAAGCAGCAGCCUCUCAACGUCUACGUCAACAACAGCGUGUACGGCCUCCUGGACUACCAAAAGAUUUGGUACGGGGCACUCUUCCCAGUUCUUUACAAGCCGGCCAACUGGUACAACUUUGCCGACCGUAUUGGCAAGCUGAUGAACGGGAACGCAACCGCUGCCCUCCAGGACUACGGGCUGGAUGAUUCACCAGACGGCGACGAUUCUUUCUACACCAUCAGCCUCAAUGAUGGUGUCUCUGGCCCUAAGUACUGGCCCCAGGAUCUCGACUCGCUUUUGAACGUCAUUGUUCCCUCGUUCAAUCGCAGUGUCUUUGCCCAGGAUGAUCUCGUCUAUUUCUUUGCCAAACAGCAGUGGCAGAUCCCCAAGACGCACAACUACGUCCCGCGCAACGGCGUUCAGACCGCCCACCCUCUUCUGAUUCUCACCACCACCUACGACCCCGUCUGUCCUCUUGUCUCGGCACGAUCUGCUCGAGCUGCCUUUGAAGGUUCCAGGAUUGUCGAGGUUGAGGGCUACGGUCACUGCUCCGUCGCAGUUCCGUCGCUCUGCCUUGCCAAGCACGCCCGGGACUUCCUUUACCGUGGAAUCCUACCCGAGAAUGACACCAAGUGCGAGGUUGACGAACCAUACUUUGUCAAGCCCAACGCAACUGCAUCUGUCAAGAUCUUUGGCAAUGCUGAAGAUCAGGCUAUUCACUUGGCUCAGAUUGAGUUGGCCAAUGAUCCUGAGUGGCCACGACCCCGAGGCCCAUGGUAA